AUGGAGAUGUCAGCAGCCGCAGGUGGCCGGGGGAUGUCAGGUCACCGUCAGGGCUCCGGCACCGUGAAGAGGAGGAGGUGGGGAGGUUUGAGGCAGCAGUGGAAGCUUCUGGGCUUGUUUGAGAUCGACCAGCAGCAUGAGUUCUACGGCCUGACCUGCAUGAUGAAGGAGGGAUUGGCAGCAGCCACCCAAAGCACCAUUGACAAUGCACCUACAAAUGAACUGUCAGAUGAGGAUUUCAGAUUAGAGGUCACUCAGAUUCAUAAGGACUUUACAAUGGAGACGUUUGCAGGCCCGGUGUUUGCCAGCCUGCGUGGCUCUUUGGGGAUGACAGAGCAGGAGUAUCAGCAGUCACUCUGCUCGGAAAACUGCUACCUCCAGUUCAUCAGCAACUCCAAGAGCAAGGCCGACUUCUUCCUGACAAAUGAUAAACGCUUCUUUUUGAAGACCCAGAACAAAAGGGAAAUCAAAUUCCUUCUGGCCAACCUGAAGAUCUACUUGGAACAUCUGAGGAAAUACCCCCACUCACUGCUGGUCAAGUUUCUAGGUGUUCACAGGAUCAAGAUCCCACACAGACGAAAGAAAUACUUCAUCGUUAUGCAAAGUGUGUUUUAUCCAGAUGAUCGAAUCAAUGCCAGGUAUGACAUCAAGGGCUGUGAGGUGAGUCGCUGGACAGAACCUGCACCAGAGGGAAGCCAGAUUAUUGUGGUUCUCAAAGACCUCAACUUUGAAGGCCAGUACAUUACUUUGGACCAGCAGCGUCCUUGGCUCCUACGGCAGGUGGAGAUUGACACACACUUCUUGCGGAGGCUCAAUGUGUUGGACUACAGUCUCCUCCUGGCCCAUCAGCCCUUGCACCACGAUGAACGCCACCAGAGCCUCUCCUUCGCCACUCUCAUCAUGAGAACAAAAAAAUCUGUGAAUCCAGGCUCCAGCCCUGUUCAUGCAAGCAUGGCUGCUGUCCCCGGGGCAGUCCCAGAAGAUGAGUCCGUGUUACUCAUGUCAGAAACAGACGGCAGCUGUUUGAAGCCAUCACGUGCCGGAGUUGCAUCAAGCGGUGGCACUCCUCAGAUGUGCCCAGAGCAUGCAAGACCGGGAACUGACACAGCUGAGCUUCCAGACUUCAGGGCCCAGAACCGACGUUUACUGCCCAACUUGAAGAAUCCCCUGCAUGUCAUCGAUGGGCCCGAGCAUCGCUACUUCAUCGGCAUCAUUGACAUUUUCACAGUUUACAGUUUUAGGAAGAGGCUGGAGCACUUGUGGAAGAGGUUGAGACAUCCAGGCCGGUCUUUCUCCACGGUCAGUCCACAGACUUACUGCCUCAGGUUAUGUCACUGGGUACAGGACCAUACCAAGUAGAACCCGCAUGAGUAAUGGAAAGUCUUGCAUGUCCAAACAACUAAAUGCUCAACCAAAGUUCUCACACAUGCAUAGACAUGAAAGUUUAUCUGCAUCUCUUCCAUGGUUCCGUUCAUCUUUCAAUAUGCUCAAAACACAUGAAUGGCAUAUUAAUAAGUCCUCAUGUAGACACUUUGGACACAGAAAAUAUU